AUGACACAAUUAAGCCAUUCUAAUGUGUGGUGCGCUAUUUGUGGAGGUCCAGUCGCUUCAUACAACAUUACAUCGCAUUACAACCGCCCAAAGGACUGUUUCAAAUAUGAUUCAGAAGUAAUCGACCCAGCUGACGUCGAGUGGACAAAUCGAUCCCAAGUUUUGGGCUACAAUCCUUCAGCUGCAGAAAAGUCAAAGUUCUAUGUAUCUGCACCAGCUAGAGUUUAUCGGUUCUUGACCUUAUCUUCUGAAGUGCAGCGAGAUCCCACCCUUGAGGGUAUGGACGUGAGUUCUUUGAGGGUCUACAAGAACGAGAAGUAUCCUGAACGAGUGAUUCCCUUCCAUCCGGAAUGCUACGAGACCUUGGCAUGGUAUUUGACUGGAACUUUUGACAAUACUAAUAUCAACAAGGGCGCACUCUAUAGAGCCUUGGACCGAUUCUCGGUUGUCAGGAAGAUCCGACCACUUGAGUUAAGGUGUCUUUCACUUGAUUAUGGGGAUGUCAAUGAAGCUCAAGGUUGGUACUGGAUAUGCAUUCCUGGGAGAGAAUAUACAGUAUCCAGCCCGCAGUACAGAACUGAACUGAAAGAUGAGAUCGCUUCUUUCAUUUCAGGUUCUCUCUUCAACAGCAGGGCUCUUCAGUUCUGCCAUGAAGCUAAGUCAGGGUCAAACCCAUUGGCAGCUCUUCCCGAAACAGUGGUAUUCACAAUCUCGGAAUUCUUGGACAACACAAGUCUCCUGAAUCUCUUAUGCGCCUCGUGGGCGACAUUCUUGAGUCUGAAGGACCAUGCUUCUUUCUGGAAGCGGCGAAUAGUAACCCAUUUGCCCUACUUUUUUGAGCUACACGAAUGCUUGAGAGAAGAGUCUCAAACUUUGCAGGGCAGGGACUUGAGGAAGGUUUUCCUAUGGGCUGAGUAUGCUUCAAGGCCACGGCCGGGAGUCGCGAAACUCAUGUUCUCAAUCGCCAAUCGUCGAAGAAUUUGGAACGUUUGUUGCAUCAUAUACAAAGCUUUCAAAAGUGGCCCUCAGGUACUGGGCGAUACUCGAGAGCCAGGCUUGUACUUCAGGUCAGCCAAUUUCUUGCGAGGCUGGCACGAGCUCCUGCGUCCGUGGACACUCGCCCUGUUUUGGAACUCGGAGGGGGAUUUAUCAGCUAUAUCUAUCAGCUUUGGGGAAGACCAUAGGAUCUUCGGACAUAAACCGCAGGAAAAAGGCUCAUAUCAGACAACAGGAUCUUUCCCAGCCGGUGUCUGGAUCAAAGGCUUUGUCUUCCAUAUCUAUGCUUCAUCUAUCCUUAGACCGUGGCAGGCUUGUUCUUGGAACUAUUCGUCGUGCAGAGGUGUUACAGUAUAUCUCACCGAUGGCUCGGAGCACACGUAUGGCCAAGACGGCCCGCAUCUAUUCAGAUUGCCCUUCGCUGUUGCAGAGAAUAUGACCAUAAUGGGUAUCAAAGGCACUCUCACAGCGCAUAAAAGAUACGGUGUUGACCCUUUUAUCGAGAAAGUGUGGCUUUUGCAAGCCCGCACCGACGGCGGAGAAAGGCCCUCGGAACUCCCCAAAGCCAGAUCCCAGGAGGGUUCCUGUUGGAAUGCGAAAACCUACAUGUUCAAAAGCAUGCUCGCGCCUGACUCCGAUAUGAGAUUACAGAUGUGUAAAGGUCGCAUUCGGUAUAGUGGGCGUUGGCACAGUCUUGUUCCCCUGAACACCCUCAUUCUCGCUGAUGAUACCGACCAACUAUCCAAAAUUCGCAGCAUUUCUGCAUACCUUAUACGAGACAAGUGUAGCCUUAGUGGCUGGGGAGCUCACAGCUGUGAUGUAGGCAACUUGCGCCUUGCAACUAAUAGGGAUACUCGCUACUUACGAGACCGGGAUGACGACGGAUCGAUCUGGCCCGAGCAACGCUGGGAUACAUUCAAAAUUGAUGGGCAAGGCGGUGAGAGGAUUGGAGAUGUUAAAAUCUAUCACGGCCCUUAUCAUGAUACAGCGCCUAAAGCAAUCGAGAUCCAUACGAACUGGGGCCGCUCUGUGCUAUGGGGAGUGGACAUGAAACGGGAUGAAGAAGGGGGAGAAACGAAUGAGCAUGCUCGUCUUCCAAUAGGGCAUCCUACCUGUCUCCGUGCAGAGAAGGGGUUUGCUAUCAUUGGAUUAGUGAUGGGAUGCGGAAAAGCUUUUGGUCGCUGGCACUCAGACAAUGAAGUCGCUGACCCUCACUGGGAGCGCGAUCGACGUAUGAUCGGCAAAGAUCAUAUGGAUGAGGAGGAUGUCAGGGGACCUUGGACCAAGGAACAGUAUGAUAGGCGCAAUGAGUCGACUAUACAUACAGGCAUGAGUAAGUUUGGCAUCAUCACGAAAAGGAUCACAGAUAGUCCCGGGCAAGGUAUCUAG